CGGUUGUUAAAUUAUUACGAUGUAAUUGACCAAUUGAACUACAAUCCCCGUCAAAUAAGGAAUCCAGCCAAUUUUUAUUUUUUAUUUUUUGUGACUUAAGUGAUGAAUUCCAAUAAUAAAAAUGACUGUGACCGUUUUCACAAAAACAAACCCAUACAAAGUUCUUUUCACAAGUUUCAGAUCUUCAGGGUCUACGUAUUCCUUGUCAACAUUAACAUCAUCUAUAUAUCAUACUCUGUAGGUGUUUAAUAAGCCAGUAUGGGAAAGAACAACACUCGACGGAUGCAUGAUAUGUGAUGGCACAUCAUUAAUAGUUGGGAAACUAUCAAAUUAACCUCUUAACUCUUCAAAAAAAUCAAUUAAGCCCCCCUACUGAAAAUUCAAUCAAUUAUACUCUCAAACCCAUUAAAAAUUGUCAAAUUCUCUUUUUAGCCGGUAAUGAAUAAGUUGCCGGGAUGCUUUGUACACAUGGCGACACGUGGAUUUUUCAAUUUGUUUUCCAUUUUUUUCUUUACCCUUUCUCUUUUCUUUUUCCCCUUUCCUCCACCUUCUUUCUCCUUCACACUGCGUUCCACCCUUUCUUCCAAUCCCCCACCCACCCUUUCUUCUUCCCCUUUCUUCUUUCUUGGGACACCAAUCAGUCUUUGGCCGAUGACGGAGUCGGAAAGAAACCUAGAUCGUCGGAAAUGCUCAAGUACCCCUCACAAGCCGGUCAUCUCUUUCCGCGAGUCCAUCGCACCUAGUUCUACGUUGAAGCUUCUGGGUUAGCAACACAAGUUGGCGUCGGCGUCAACGCUCCAUGAAACCUCCAGAUCGAUUCUAGAUCCGUAGAUUCAAUUUGGCCAUCUUAUAAUCGGCGGCAGAGAAGAGGCGCAGGGAGGAGGGCGAAUUGAGCCUAGGGAACGACUAACAGAGAAAUAGGGGGAAGAAGAGAAUGGGGAAAGAAAGAAGAAAGAAAGCAGGGAGAAGCUGCAGGGAGUAGCGCAAGAAAGAAGGUAGGGAAUAAGAAAGAGAAGAGGAAAGAAAAAGAAAAAGUAAAUGAAAAAAUGCCACCUCACACGCCACAUAUGCAAUUCAACAGGGAAUGGAAAUGAUACCUGUUAAAAAGCGAAUUUGACAUUUUAUAAUGGGUUGGAGGGUUUAAUUGAGUGAACUUUCGAUAUGAGGGUUUAAUUGAUUUUUUUAAAAAGUUGAGG